AUGGGAAAGCAAAGCAAUGUGACUGAAUUAAUUCUCUUGGGUCUUACACGGAAUCCAGACCUGCAGAAGAUACUUUCAGUUGUGUUUCUAAUCAUGUACGUCGUCACAGUAUUGGGAAAUCUACUCAUUGUGGUAACCAUGAUCACAAGUCAGGGUUUGAGAUCCCCUAUGUAUUUUUUCCUCACCUUCUUAUCCCUUUUGGAUGUCACCUUCUUUUCCAUAAUUGCUCUGAAAUUGAUUGUGGACUCCUUAUCAGACAUCACUACUAUUUCCUUUGAAGGCUGCAUGACCCAACUCUUUGCAGAGCAUUUUUUUGGUGGUGUGGGUAUCAUCCUUCUCAUUGUGAUGGCCUAUGACCGCUAUAUGGCCAUCUGUAAGCCCCUUCACUACACAAGCAUUAUGACUCCUCGGAUGUGUUGCCUGUUAUUAGUAGGAGCUUGGAUAGCAGGAUUUAUGAAUGCAACAAUUCAGUUUCUCUUCAUGUACCAAAUUCCAUUCUGUGGUCCCAAUAUCAUAGAUCACUUUAUAUGUGAUUUGUUUCAAUUACUGACCCUGGCCUGCAUGGACACCUAUACCCUGGGUCUCUUAGUCAUCUUCAACAGUGGGGUGAUGUGUGUGGCUAUCUUCCUUAUCCUAAUUAUCUCCUACAUCAUAAUUCUAUCUUCACUGAAGUCCUAUAACUCUGACACAUGACGCAAAGCCCUCUCCACCUGUGGCUCUCAUCUCACAGUGGUCCUGUUUUUCUUUGUGCCAUGCAUUGUCCUAUAUGUGAGACCUGUAUCUACUUACCCCAUAGACAAGACAAUGGCUGUAUCUGAUUCAAUCAUCACACCCAUGUUGAAUCCCUUGAUCUACACUGAGAAUGCAGAGGUGAAAAAUGCCAUGAAGAAACUCUGGACAAAAUAG